UGUACAGUGAGGCACCAUGAACGCGCAAGUACAAAUAAAGAAUUGAAAACGACUCACUUGAAUUCUUUAAAGGAAUCAAAUGAAAUGGAAAUACAGUUCGUCACAUUAAGAAAAAAGGAAAAAAUACGAAAUAAAAAGAAAAAUAAUUAUUCGAGAACUUAACCCCGGGUCGCAGGAGAUACCGAGGAAACACUGCAUCAGGUUGGCAGUGAGAUGAUGAAAUUGUAACACGAUUUAUUAGACUUUUUUUCUCCGCUGGAAGACAAGUGCCCAGUGGACGACUUUACCCACUAGAGGUAAAAAUAGUCCGAGGUCUGCACCGUUUUGUUUUGGUUAAGAGUUCGUGUUGACACUUAAACCCUAUAGCGUGUCUUGAAGUCAUUGAUGUGGAGUGAAACUAUAGAUUAAUGGACUAUAAUUUUGUGUUGGAAGAACAUUAUCGACGCCUUGAACAAACACAAUACCUCACGCAUACUGACAAAUACACAAAGACCAAUUGUAUAACCCCAAAACAUUACAAGUUUGUGAAUCAUAAACAUUUGAAUAUUCCUUCCCACAAGCCCUCAUAGUCAGUCCGUGACAACCUCUCUGGAACAACUAAAAAACUCGACCUCAACUUUUGUAAACCCGUGGAGUACCCUGCAGCUACCGACGCAACCCUUUACACCACUGGAAACACCUCUCAUCUCGCCCCCACCCUUCUAAGGCCCUCAUCAGCCCCAACAAGUUCUUACAAGGCUUCAGGAUCCACCACUACAGCCACUAUCACCAUGUCUCGCCACCUAGAGCUACCUACGGGUAAGAAGAUCCACAUCUACAAAAGCGGGGACACCUUCUAUAAGGGCGUCAACAUCGUCGUCAAUCCCAAACAUUAUAAGAAGAUGGACACCCUUCUCGCCGAGGCCACCAGCAAGGUGGACCCGGUGUGGGGAGCGAUACGGACCCUUCACACACCCAACACAGGCACGGUGGUCGAGAACCUUGAGGGCCUACGUCGUCAGGGGGCCUACGUGGCAGCUGGACCCAAGGGCUUCGUCAGUAUCCCUGGAGGCUAUGAGAGCAUCGGUAAGCCUAGGCCUAUGAAGAACCUCGCUAAACUUGGCAAGCCCAUAAGGAACCGACCAGUACAAAAGAACGAGAAGUUCGACGUGAACAUUUACAAGAACGGGGAGAAGAACAAGUCAAUACCCUUUAAGUUCUCCAAGUCGGAUUUCAGCAACUGGGACCAAGCUCUCCAUAGACUGUCUGAGAAGGUCCGCCUCUCCCACGGCCCCGUCAGGAGAAUCUAUCACCUCAGCGGGAAGAUCCUGAAGAAGCCGGAGGAGAUAGUCAACAAGGGAACCUACGUCGUCUCCGCCGCUAACGAGCUCUUCCGCAAGGUCAACUACGGUCAACCUGAUGGUGAUAUCCACGUGGGCAGCGGCUAUAGAGGCAGCAACUAUUAUAAGGGCCCCGCCAAAACCAGCCGGAGAAACUCACAAACAUCCUUAAAACAAACACAACAAACACGUAACAACAACAAGAAACACAAACAACCCCCAGGGAGAAGAAGAGAUAGCAAAAAAUCCAAUAAUGGGGAAGAGAUAAGAGGUGAAGGGGAAGAGACAGUGAGGUGGAGAACGCCAGAGGAGAGAGAAGAGAGGGAUGAAAGACAGUAUGAAGAAGGGUUGGAAGCUGACGAGGCGGAGAGAAAAUACGAGAAAGAGGAAGAAGGACAGGGAGUACAUGAUGAAGAGAAAGGAUACGAUGAAGAAGGAGAAGAAGAAGAGGAAGAAUAUGCUGAUAACAGGAGAAAAACCAGAGGAAGAUCUACAAACAGUACACGCAGAAGACCUCCAUCCGUCACGUCGUCUAAGGUCAGCACCCGGCGAGCAACAGGAACCAGCAAGUCCAGACGAGACACCAACCACUCCUAUACCAGCAGGAGACGGCAGACGGCGCCCUCUAGGUCAAAUUCGCCGACGGAUGAACGACUGGAAUCUCCUGAAGAAGUUACCAACCGCUCGCAUUCCACAAGAACUGACCAAAGUACAGGUCACUCCUACACUAGCAGAAGACGUCAGACGACAGCCUCCAGGACAAACUCUCCUGAAGAGACGGAAUCCACGAGAACACCAUACAACUUCCCUCAAGAGAUUCCUGAAGGGGAUACUUUGAGCGUGGACUACAUCAACCUACAAGGACAAUCACAGUCACCGGUCACCCCGCCAGCCAGCUCACAUCCCACCACCCCACAGAACCUCCUCAGCUAUCGUAGUCGAGGUGAUUCUGGCUUCCACUUUCACGAGACCAUCACGGAGGAGAGCGAGGAGGACGUAAGGGAGUCUCCGGUACACCUCAAGCUGGACAGGGGCCUCAGGGCUGAGUCUCGGCUCUCCCUCUACGACAGUGGCCACGCCUCCCUCCUCAGCGACGAAGACAGACCCGACAGUGUCUUCAGAGCCAAGAGUAGGACGUACAGCUCCAGUAAGAAAGUAGACGGAGAAGCUUACAGGAAGAAGAAAAAGAUGACAUGA